UACUAUUCCUCAGCUGCCUGCCAUUGGACCUAUAACGGGAUAUACAUAUCGUACAGUACACCGUCUUAAUUUCCUAUCAAGCUAUUGACAGUACGAGCAGUCUGGUGUCCUACUGGGAGAUAUGAAUAGUUCAAUAUAACGCUUCCCAACAAUCGAUCGAAGCACCCAGAUCCUAUAAUUGUGUAACUGUUCGUUCUGUAUCGCGUGGCGAGGAUCGACCCAGGCGUAUACUCCCUACCCCAAGGUCUGUACACGGUCAACGGCAUCUUCUGUCGUCCUGGUGAAACUUCAUCAACAAGGGCCAGUUCAAAGUCUAUAAACCGCGGAGCCGUAGCGUCAUAGCCGAACAAACCAUUCAUCAUACAUACCUCACUUAAUUCUAGUAUCUUGACAAGUUUCUUCAUUUUUUCCGAUGCUAGGAACGAAACGAGAGGAGCGGUCUGGAAUCGGCGCCUAUCGGAUUGGGUAACGUGCGUGGUGAACAGCUAGGCUUAGCAACAUUUAUUUCUCCCCGUCUGCUGCAGGCGUGACAACUCGCCAUGCUGUGGAAGAGUAUUGGCAUCCUCUUAGCUGUCCUGCUCGUUUACGUUCUCCUGUCAGCGACUGUGUUUCAUUUUCUGGAAGAGCCACAUGAAAUCCUUGUCAAGAAUCUCACACGGGAUUUUCACCUGGACUUCCUUCGUAAAUAUCCAUGUAUACUGCAAGACGACAUGGAGGUGUUUGUACAACGAGUGAUAGAAGCGUACGAUAUGGGCGUGGUGGCAACAGUGACGAAGACGUCGGCGAGUAACUGGGAUUUCGCAAGCUCUCUUUUCUUCACAACGACUGUUGUUACCACGAUUGGCUACGGGAACAUUGCCCCGAAUACAUUGGCUGGACAAAUAUUCUGCAUAUUCUGUGCCUUGUGUGGAAUACCAUUAUGUACUGUGUUGCUGGCGGCCAUUGGCCAGAAGUUGAGGUUCCCCAUCACUAAGCUCCAGGAGAAGAUGAUCACGGGCCGAUCUCACCGUGUCCUCCGAUGUGUCAAAGUCAGCCUGUGUGUGGCACUGGGCGCCAUCCUGCUCAUCUUCCUGCCUUCUGUCAUGUUCACCCUGGUCGAAGGGUGGCACUAUGGCGUGUCUGUGUACUAUAGUGUUGUAACCCUUACUACAAUAGGGUUCGGGGACUAUGUAGCAGGUCUGAAAGCAGUUCCUUACCGCGAUGUAUACCGCAUUGUCAAUGUCAUCUGGGUGGUUCUAGGACUUGCCUGGGUAGCGCUGAUCAUCAAUGAGAUGACUGGAGACAUCAACGACAAGAUCGUCAAGAACGAAAUGAGAUGCAGUACAAAGAAUGUCCGUAAACAGGGAGAACUAGAGAUGGCAAGUGACGUAAUUUGAGAUACCUGAGACCCUGUGUCCUGGUUCACGACAACGACUGUUGGACAUAGUUCAUGUGGAUUCAUGCUCUAUGACCUGAGCGUCAGCCUUCGCAAUCGCCUUGAUGAAAGAAACAUUCACGGCGUACCAGUGUGGAAAAAUAAGUGCAAUAGAGCCUGUAAGUCUCGCGAGGCGCUACUUCCGGUGCUAAGCUUGUUCCCGGCUCCUUUGCGCCAACUUGCGAUAUGCGAGACGGGGUCCAGCUUACUUCCGGUACCAGAUUUCUGAUGACGAACGUAUAUUCAAGAACCAGUUUUGGUUCCAAAUUGCGCGACCGCCAAAUGACUUUACUAGGCCGGACCCAGUCUACAAUCAUGCUUGGCUGUCACAGCUGUUGAGAGUCGUAAUAGUACCUAAUUUUAGAUAGUUAGAUCGGAAAUUUGUUAUUCCUGCAAGGAUUAUCGGUUCCUUACUGUCAACUGACAGAGCUAUCUUGAUACCAGUAUGCCACGGUGAGGACAGCUAUCUUUACACAGUAUACCACGGUGAAGACAGAGCUAUCUUGACACAGUAUACCACAGUGAAGACAGAGCUAUCUUGAUGUCAGUAUACCACGGUGAAGACAGAGCU